AUGCCCUACUCCUUCAAAGAUGAGGUCAAACCGAACAGCAGAUUGUUUUCUCAACCCAAUGCUGAUCACUGGCAGUUUAUCUGCAGUUUGUCAGAAGACCAAGGAAAGGACUCUCAGUCUGAGAUGAGUCUCUCACAGAAACAGAGUGUAAGAUCAGGCUCACAUGUGUCCAGAUCUGUGUCUGUGAAGACUGACCGGUCAAAGGGUGAUGUACCAAACUUCAGGGAAGAAACAGCAUCACAACCCAAACGCAGCAGACUUCAAAAUCAAACCUUAGUUCCAGAUUUCCAGACUAACAGAAACCAAAAGGACUUUACAAACAGUUUCCUGCAGAUCUUCCAGGAUCUAGAGAGCAAAAUAUUCACAUUUCUGAAGGAAGAACUAGACAAGUUUAAGAAAAUAUUGCAAAAAGAGGACUUGCAAUACUUUGUAAAGGAUUUUAAUGAGAAAAAAUGCAGUAUCAAAGAAGCAGCUCUUGAUCUCACACUCUACUUCCUGAGAGAGAUGAAGCAAGAUGAAGCUGCUGAUACUUUAGAAGAUGUGCUGGUCUUCAUUCAUCAGCUAAAGUGUAGUCUAAAGAAGAAGUAUCAAUGUGUGUUUGAAGGAAUUGCAAAACAAGGAGAUGCUUCACUUCUGAAUAACAUCUACACAGAUCUCUAUAUCACUCAGGGUUGUAGUGAACAGGUCAAUACUGAACAUGAGGUAAGACAGAUUGAAGUUGCUUCGAGGCGUCAUGAAUCACAAGAAAUACAGGUUGAAUGCAAAAAUUUGUUUGAAGCACCUGAACAAGACAAGCAGAUCAAAACUGUACUGACAAAAGGAGUUGCUGGCAUCGGAAAAUCAGUCUCUGUACAAAAGUUUGUUCUGGAUUGGGCUGAAGGAAAAGAAAAUCAAGAUAUCAGCUUCAUAUUUCCUCUUCCAUUUAGAGAAAUGAACUUAAAGGAGCAAGAAAAACUAAGUUUGAUGGACCUUAUAAAUCAGUUUUUUCCAGAGACAAAAAGACUAAACCUUGAAAGGAGGAAUAAUUUUAAAAUUCUGUUCAUACUUGAUGGUUUGGAUGAAUGUCGUCUUCCUUUGAAAUUUUAUGGUAAUGAGAAGUGGUCUGAUGUUUCAUCACCAGCCUCUCUGGAUGUUCUUCUAACAAACCUCAUCAAGGGAAAUCUGCUUCCUUCUGCUCUCAUCUGGAUCACCACCAGACCAGCAGCUGCCAGUAAGAUUCCUCCUGAUUGUAUCGACCGUCUGACAGAGGUACGAGGAUUCAAUGAUGCACAAAAGGAGGAGUACUUCAGAAAAAGAAUCACGGAUGAGAAUCUGGCCAAAGAAAUCAUUGAUCAUGUUAAACAAUCAAAGAGUCUCUUUAUUAUGUGCCACAUCCCAGUCUUCUGCUGGAUUUCAGCCACUGUUCUCCAGAACAUUUUAGAGGCAAAAAGAAAUAAUGUUGUAAAAAAUAAUCAGGCUGAUGACGCCUCCAAAACACUGCAGGAGUCAAAUACUGAAGACACUCCUAAGACUCUGACACAGAUGUACACACACUUUCUUUGCUUUCAGAUCAUGCAGAGCAGACGAAAGUAUGAUGGAGAAUACAGACCAGAUGUUUCCUGGGAUAAAGACGCAAUGCUUUCACUGGGGAAACUGGCAUUUCAUCAACUGGAAAGAAACAAUGUGAUCUUCUAUGAAUCAGACCUGGAAGCCUGUGGUAUUGAUGUCAAUAAGGCAUCAGUGUAUUCAGGCAUGUGUACCCAGAUCUUUAAGGAGGAAACAGGGAUUGUUCUUGGUACCAUGUACUGCUUUGUUCACUUGAGCAUUCAAGAGUUUAUUGCAGCCCUUUAUGCACAUCUGUUUCUAGACAUAAAGAAGAGAAGUAUAUUUGUUCAUGAGUCUACAGAACAGGAAAACAAAAGUGAAACCAUGAUUGAUUUGCUCAAGACUGCAGUGGACAAAGCACUAGAGAGUGAUAAUGGACACCUGGACCUUUUUCUUCGAUUCCUCCUUGGUUUGUCACUCCAGUCCAAUCAGCGACUCUUACAGGGUCUGUUGACACAGCAGGAUGGAAAUGACCAGAGCAAAAAGGAAAUAGUUCAGUACAUCAAGCAGAAAUUUGAAACUAAUCUGUCUCCAGAGAGAUCCAUCAAUCUCUUCUACUGUCUGAAUGAACUGAAUGAUCAAACUUUGGUGAAAGACAUUCAGACCCACCUUAGCAAAGGAAGUCUCUCAUCUGCUGAUCUUUCACCUGCCCAGUGGUCUGCUUUGGCCUUUGUGUUGUUGACAUGAGAGGAGCUGGAGGAGUUUGAGCUUCAAAAAUUUCAGAAAUCAGACGAGUGUCUCAUUAGAUUAUUGGCAGUCAUCAAAACCUCCAAAAGAGCUCUGCUAAAUGAUUGUGGCUUAACAGACAAAAGCUGUUCAGCUCUGGCUACAGUUCUUGGAUCAGAUACCAGUCUGAAAGAGCUGAACAUGAGCAAUAAUAAUCUACAGGAUUCAGGAAUGAAGCUACUCUGUGCUGGACUGGAAAAUAUGAAGUGUCAUUUGGAGAUACUGAGACUUUCAGACUGCAGUAUCACUGAAGAAGGUUAUAAAGCUCUGGCUUCAGCUCUGAGAUCAAACCCUUCACACCUGAUAGAGCUGGAUCUCACAGGAAAUGAUCCUGGACAAUCAGGAGUGAAGGAGCUCAGUGAUUUACUACAGGAUCCAAACUGUCAACUCAAGACACUGAGUCUGUGUGAUUGCAGUAUUACAGAGGAACAGUGUCUCAUCCUGACUUCAGCUCUGAAAUCAAACCCAUCACACCUGAGAGAACUGAACCUGAGUGAGAAUGAACUAGGAGACUCUGGAGUGAAAAACCUCAGUGAUCUACUGAUGAACACACAAUUCAAGCUGGAGAAACUAGAUCUGUAUGAUUGCAGAAUUACAGAGAAACAGUGUCUCAUCCUGACUUCAGCUCUGAAAUCAAACCCAUCACACCUGAGAGAACUGAACCUGAGCAGGAAUGAACUAGGAGACUCUGGAGUGAAAAACCUCAGUGAUCUACUGAUGAACACACAAUUCAAGCUGGAGAAACUAGAGUUAAGCAACUGUGAAAUGACAGAUGAAGGUUGUUCUGCUGUGACUUCAGCUCUGAAAUCAAACCCAUCACACCUGAGAGAACUGAACCUGAGCUGGAAUGAACUAGGAGACUCUGGAGUGAAAAACCUCAGUGAUCUACUGAUGAACACACAAUUCAAGCUGGAGAAACUAGAUCUGUGUGAUUGCAGUAUUACAGAGAAACAGUGUCUCAUCCUGACUUCAGCUCUGAAAUCAAACCCGUCACACCUGAGAGAACUGAACCUGAGUGAGAAUCAAAUAAAAAACACAGGAGUGAAUCACUUAUGUGACAUACUGAAGGAUUCACACUGUAAACUGGAGAGACUGAGGUCAGUAACAUUCACAUACAAGAAUCAAAAUGAUUAA